ACUGUGUCCUCCUUUUUCAGGGGCCCUGGAGCCAGAUGUUUGCACCCGCCUGGCGGUCCAUGGAUGGGACCCGGACGAAAACGCCUGGUCGACGCUGGGCCUCGUGCGCCUCUUCCACAGGAGCGGGCCUUCCGAAGACCCCGUGCGCCUGGAUGUGGCCAUGCCAACGCCCACCGCCACCGAAAUCCGCUGGCACCCCCCUGCCCUCCUCGCCGGCUGCCCCGGCGCGUUCCAGAAAUACGUCCUCUGCUGGCACAACGAGCGAGGCGAGGAGAUAGCCACUUACGAGGUCAGCGCCUCUGAGACUCGCUUCACCAUCUCAAACCUGCAGCCCAACACCACUUACCAGGUCGGAGUCGAGGUUUUGACUGCCGGGAGCAACGGCCGCUGCCGAGACCUCGUCGCCUUUCGAACCCGCCCCACAGAUUCCAAGAAGACGACGCUGACACUCAGCUUCCUCCUUCUGGGUCUCGUCGGAGGGGUCCUGGUUGCCGCCAGCGCCGCCCACAUUUGCAAAAAGAGGGUGAAGGAAGUUCUGUGCCCGCCCUUGCCAGACCCGGCCGACACGGAAGCCGUCAAGAUCCUUGCCGGAUCGGAGCCGGGGCAGGUGCACCCACGGCGGAGCUUCGUGCAGCCCCUGGAGUCCAGCAGCCCCACGGAACCCCUCAUUCUCGAACCCAGGUCUCCGUCCAAAGAGGACCCGGCCGUUGGCACCACGGCGGACUUUCCGGCCCUCGCCAACCCCGCCGAAGAGACCCUCUUGCCCAAGGAGGACCAGCCAGGCUCGGGGGACCUCCUGCCCUCUGAGUACAAGAGCCAGGGGUUCCUGAGCCCCAUGGAGGACGAGCGGCAAGGCAGGGGGGCUGGACGUCUGCAAUGAGGCGGGCGCCACCGGCCGCUCGCUGGCACCCCCGAAAUGGGGCGGCCAAUGCCGC